CAAAUUAAGCUAAUGUUGGUCGGUGCGAAAAAUGUUUGGCUACAAAAAAAAGGCGUGUUCGCCCCAAAGCCUCUUCAUCAAUGUACUCAUCUUUGGAAUCCUUUUAUCCGGGCUUGCAGAAAUAUAUAAUAACUUAUUUUCAGAGGCGAAUAAAGUGACAAUGUACGGUGAACAUCGUAGAGUGGAGUUAGUAGUUAAGAAAAAUAACGACACUACUGCGGCAUGUGGAGAGUUAGGAUGUUUCAAAAUGAAGAAUAUCUCGUUCACUGAUAUCAUCCUCCGACCAAAUAUUACAAGGGAAUUUCAAGACAACGUGACACUGGAAUGUCCGCUCUCUUCUGGCAACGAUACCAUGAUAUAUUGGAUUGGUGCGAGAGGGGAAAAUGUCACCAACAACAACACCCACUUUUCCGUGACAGAAGGUUAUUUUUACAAGGGCGAUAUGCACAACAGAUCCCAGCUAUCGUUUGCAAAUUUAACGGGAUACCAACAACGAUACUUCCUGUGUAUUCUGGUUAAAAACAACUCAGCAAAGAUUUCUUACCAAUAUCUAACCGUCAAUAAUGAUAAAGAUUUAAGCCACUAUAAAGGCGAAGAGUUCAAUGAGAGUGAAAGAAAAGAGAAAGACAUAAUAAACAAAGCCAUACAAGCGAAACAAAACCAACAACUAGCCGGCAUAAUAGCUGCCGCUGUAGUGUUGCUCCUCACCAUCAUUAUUAUCAUUGGUAUAACUGUCUACAGAAGGCGAAACGGCAGCGUCAUUGUUAAAUAUUGGCUAAAAAAAGUUACCGUGGAGAAACCACCAUCGGUAGCAGGAGAAAUGGUGAUGCCGAUUGUCAGAAUAGAAAAGCAAAGACUAACCCAGGUUGGGAUCGUAGGAAAUGACACUACAUUAAUGUCAGAAUAUCAGAUGCCUGUGGACGCCGAAUGGGAAAUACCAAGAUGCAAAAUUUCUCUUACUGGACAGUUGCUAGGAGAAGGUGAAUUCGGAAAAGUGAUAAAAGCUGAGGCACAUGGAGUAGUCUCAGAAGAUGAUAAAACUGUGGUAGCAGUAAAAAUGUUAAAAGACGGCUAUACGGACGCAGACAUGAAAUCGCUGGUGUCGGAGAUGGAGAUAAUGAAGAUGAUCGGCAAGCAUGAGAACAUCAUCAACCUUCUGGGCUGCUGCACGCAGGACGGCCCGCUCUACGUUGUCGUCGAGUACGCGCGCAAUGGUAGCUUGCGCGAAUACCUCAAGAAACACAAACCCCACAAGAAUGCUGGCUCCACGGAGAAUUUACUGAACAAACCAUUAGCGCAGAGAGAGCUGACAGGCUUUGUUUGGCAAGUGGCAAAAGGGAUGGAAUACUUGGCGUCGCGUGGUUGCAUCCAUCGUGACUUGGCGGCACGCAACGUGCUAGUAUCGGCUGACCUCGUCCUGAAGAUCGCCGACUUCGGGCUGGCGCGCGAUGUUCACAAUACUGAUUACUACCGCAAGCUCACGGCUGGCAAGCUCCCUAUGAAGUGGAUGGCUCCGGAGUCUAUAGCACAGAAUUAUUAUGAUAAGCGUUCUGAUGUGUGGUCCUUUGGCGUGAUAACGUGGGAGAUCCUGACUUUUGGCGAAUUUCCUUACGCCAAAAUUUCAGUUAACAAACUGUACAACUAUUUAGAAACUAAUAACAGGCUCGAAAAGCCAGAUGACUGCAGCAAUGAAAUGUACGAUCUGAUGAAAAGCUGUUGGGCCUUCAAACCCGAAGAUCGGCCGACAUUCGAAGAAAUCGUCGGCACUAUGAAGUCCAUGCUGAACCUUCCGGAAAACGAGCCGCCACCGGAAAACUUGAAUGAAUACGUGACAAUGCUGGCAUAACAAAUAACGAAUCUAAUCCGAGUCAUGUCAUGAAACAUACUUACUUGUUCUUAAAUUUAUUGAGUGGGUGUAACGAAUCUUAAAAG